CGGAUCAUUAAAAGAGCCGAAGAUGUCGGCUCAGUCAUGUGAUCAGCUGUGUCCAAUCACAGCUGAUCACAUGGACAUCUACACUGAUCAUCAGGGCAGUGGUGAUCAAUGUGCCCUGAUGAUCAGUGUAGCCCCAGCAGUGCCUUGUGCCAGUGCCACAUCAAUGCCAAAUAUCAGUGCCUACCAGUGCACAUCAGUGCCAAAUAUCAGUGCCCAUCUGAGCUGCCUUUCAGUGCCGCCUAUCAGUGCCAUGUAUCAGUGCUGCCUUUCAGUAAUGCUUGUCAAUGCCCAUCAGUGCCACCUACCAGUGCCUCCUCAUCAGUGCCACCUAUCAGUGUCCAUCAGU